UGCUGGGCUACAGCCAAAGCGAAGUCUUGCUGAGCACUGCAAACCACAGUCUUGCUUGCUUGCUUCCUUCCAUCUGAUCAUUUCUUUCGCCGGAGAAGAUGUCGACAUCACCGACUUCAUCGCACUCUUCUUCACUACCGGAGCCGUUUUCGUCCGGCUCCUCGUCUUCUUCAUCAUCGUCGACGUUCCCUCCUUUACCGAUAACCGCAAUGAGGGGAAAAAUCGUCGGAAAAAUCCUAGAGAACCGCGUCACUCUCAUCGUCGGCGAUACUGGCUGCGGGAAGAGCUCCCAAGUCCCUCAGUUUUUACUAGACGAGAAUUUGGGACCCAUACUGUGCACACAGCCAAGGAGAUUUGCAGUAGUAGCUGUUGCUAAAAUGGUUGCAAGGGCUCGCAAUUGUGAAGUAGGGGGAGAGGUCGGGUAUCACAUAGGACACUCAAAGGUCUUCUCUGCAAGUUCAAUGAUUGUCUUCAAAACUGCUGGAGUUCUUUUGGAUGAAAUGAGAGAAAAGGGCUUGAAAGCACUCAAGUACAAAGUUAUUAUUCUUGAUGAAGUGCAUGAAAGAUCUGUGGAGUCGGAUCUUGUUCUUGUUUGUAUCAAACAGUUUUUGAUUAAAAACAAUGAUCUGAGGGUUGUGUUGAUGUCUGCUACUGCUGAUAUUGCAAGAUAUAAAGAAUACUUUGGGGAUCUUGGUAGGGGUGAAAGAGUAGAGGUGCUAGCUAUACCUAGCUCUGAUCAACAUGUCAUCUAUCAACGGAAGGUUUUAUAUCUGGAACAGGUUGCUAAACUUCUUAAAAGGGAAUCAGAACAUUUAUCUUCUGAUUAUUGUUCUGGGUCAAGCCCAAGUACAGCAGAAGCUGAAAUCAAGCCUGAAGUGCAUCGGCUCAUACAUGAUUUGAUUAUUCACAUUCAUAAAAAUGAACGGGACAUUGAAAAGGGAAUUUUGGUCUUCCUUCCAACAUAUUAUUCACUGGAACAACAAUGGUUCUUGUUGAAGCCUUUUAGUAAUUGUUUUAAGGUUCACAUUUUACAUCGUAGUGUUGACAUUGAACAAGCUCUCAUGUCCAUGAAAAUCUUACAGUCACACCGAAAGGUAAUAUUGGCUACAAAUAUUGCAGAAUCUUCGGUUACAAUACCCAAGGUGGGUUAUGUCAUUGAUUCGUGCCGUUCUCUUCAAGUUUUCUGGGACCACAAUAGGAAAACAGAUUGUGCAGAGCUUGUCUGGGUCUCAAAAUCUCAGGCAAACCAACGACAAGGGAGGACUGGGCGUACGUGUGAUGGUUUUGUGUAUCGAUUAGUGACAGGAUCAUUCUACAGCCAAUUGGAGGAUUAUGAGCCUCCAUCAAUAUUGAAGUUAUCUUUAAGGCAGCAAAUACUGCUCCUUUCCUGUGCUGAAUCUAAGGCCAUCAAUGACCCUAAAGUCUUAUUGCGAAAGGCGUUGGACCCUCCGGAUCCUGAUGUUGUUGAUGAUGCUUUGAAUUUGCUUGUUCACAUCCACGCAUUACAGAAACCAUCUCCAAGGAGCCGACCUGAGCCUACAUUUUAUGGAAGAUUGCUUUCCAGUUUUACUCUUUCAUUUGAUUCUUCUGUACUAAUUCUCAAGUUUGGGGCCAUUGGAAUGCUACGUGAAGGCAUUAUCCUUGGUAUAUUGCUUGACAUGCAGCCUCUGCCCAUUCUUCGUCCGUUUGGACAGGAUACUUUGUUUAUGGAGUUCAUUGAUAACUAUUUCACUGGAAAUUCUAAGAGCACUGGGUUAACUGGUAGAAAAGAAGUGAUAUGCAUGGGAAACUUAUGCGCUUUCCAGUUUUGGCAAUGUGUUUUCAAGGACAAGUACCGUCUUGAAAGGUUGCUACUGCUUUUAAAGCAUGACAUAACAGACGAAACACAAACUCUACUUCCCAAAAUUGAGGAAGAAUGGUGCUCAGUUCACAAUCUUGUUCUGUCAGCACUGCGCCAAGUUGCUGAAAUAUAUGAUGAAAUCCUAGGUUCUCUUCAUCGGUAUAGACCUGAGUUUCUGGUUAAAUCAGAUGGCCUGCCAUCUUAUUAUUAUGCAAACAAUUUUCAGCAUACAUGUGAUCUAAUGUCUGAUCAGUAUGAGGAUGCUGCUGGUGCAUUAGUUAUUAACAAACUCCUUGAACAAGACCCUGGAAUACGGAAGUGCACUGCUGUGCCUUUUUUGGGUCAAAAUGAUUUUUUGGAAAAUGAAGUGGCUAAAAGUUUGGCAGCUGUGGUCAAAGAGAUGAGAAUGCAGUCUUCUGAGAAUAUAUCUGGAAAUCAUCAUGCAGAGGAUUAUUAUGAUGGUCAUAUCACUGGGGAGGCUUCAUUUUGUAAAUUUUUUAUCAAAGGCCUGUGCAAUAGGGGCAGCCAGUGUUUAUAUUCUCAUUCCUUACAAGCAAAGAAGCCUGUGUGCAAGUUUUUCUUUUCUUUACAGGGUUGCCGAAACGGAGAUUCAUGUUUCUUUUCACAUGAUUCAGUUCCAUCUUUUUUAUCCCAUGAAUCAGGGCCAUUCCUCCCAGAGGAUCAAGAUUCUAAUAUUGCAUUUUAUUUGCGAUUUUUUCCUGAGCCUUCAGAUGGGUGUGUCUUGGUGCUGGAUGACACUGAUUUAUAUUUUUCUUCAAAUAUUGCGUAUCAUUUUAAUCCAUCCUCCAUAAUCGCCACCACUUCUCUUCAAGAUGAAUCUACACUUGACGAUAGGCCAGCUGGUGUUAGAGUUCUCUGGGGUCUUCCUCAUCCUCAACAAACAAUUAUGCCAUCCUGUAGAGAGAGUGCCAUUCCAUGGAAUGAUGUCAAGUGCUUAUUAUGGUUUCCUAAGUUUGAUGCUGAACAUUUGGAAGGACAGAAAAGCGUAGUACAAGCUUUUUUCGAGCAUUUAGCCACCCGGAUGCUGGAAAAUGUCUUAUACGGAGUGGAAGUAAUCAUAACCAUGAAUAAUAUUCACUUUUCCUAUUUCCAGGUUGAAAAGUUGGCUAGGGAGUGUUUCUUCUUUCUCCGGGAGUCAUUCCCUUUUGAUGAAGGAAGUCUGGGGCAAUUUUAUGAUGUUGUUCCCCCCAGAAGGCAAAUGCAGCUGUCUGCGCCCAUCUCCUAUGUUUUCUCGCUGCAUACUCCCUACUCCCACAAUUGGGUCAGUUCUGUAGACAGUAGUUAUACAAACUAGAAUGCUCACCUGUCUAGUAAUCAUAGUGUAAAAACUGCUGAUAGUUUGCAAACACCUAUGUGACCAUUAAAUUCCUUUACAAACUUUAGGAGCUCAGCUUCUAAUCUAAUCUAUUUAUAUUUGGUAUGCUUA